AUGUCAGUCAAGGAAUGCUCAAAAGCUUUGGAUUACCUCAAGAACUACGAUGAGAGGGACGGGCUGUCUGCUGAACAGCUCAUGGACUCUAAGACUAGAGGUGGUCUGACCUACAACGAUUUCUUGAUUCUGCCUGGCAAAAUCGACUUCCCAUCUUCGGAGGUCAGCCUGCAGACCAAGCUCACUAAGAAAAUCACAUUGAACACUCCGUUUGUGUCGUCGCCUAUGGACACUGUGACGGAGGCAGAAAUGGCCAUCCAGAUGGCGUUGUUGGGUGGUAUCGGUAUCAUCCACCACAACUGUUCUGCUGAGCAGCAGGCCGCGAUGGUGCGCAAAGUGAAGAAGUUCGAGAACGGAUUCAUCAACUCGCCCGUGGUGGUGGGCCCAAACAGCACGGUGGGAGAAGUCAAGGCCAUGCGCGAGAAAUAUGGAUUCUGUGGAUUUCCAGUUACUGAAACUGGUUCCUUGCCAAGCAAGUUGGUUGGUAUCGUUACUUCCCGUGACGUCCAGUUUGUGGAAGACGAAUCUUUGUUGGUCUCCAAGAUCAUGACCUCAGAACUCGUCACCGCCCAAGUCGGUGUGGAUUUGUCCGCAGGCAAUGACAUUUUGAAAAAUACCAAGAAGGGUAAGCUACCUAUCGUUGAUGAACAAGGAAACUUGGUUUCUAUGUUGUCCAGAACCGAUUUGAUGAAAAACCAAUCUUAUCCAUUGGCCUCCAAAUCUGCUAGCACCAAGCAACUUCUAUGUGGUGCCGCCAUCGGUACUAUCGAUGCCGACAAAGAAAGACUGCAGUUGCUGGUCGAUGCCGGUUUGGACGUUGUUGUGCUCGACUCUUCCCAAGGUAACUCUGUGUUUCAACUCAACAUGAUCAAAUGGAUCAAAGAAACCUUCCCAGAAUUGCAGGUCAUCGCUGGUAACGUGGUCACCAGGGAACAAGCUGCUUCUUUGAUCCAAGCAGGUGCCGACGGUUUGAGAAUCGGUAUGGGCUCUGGUUCCAUCUGCAUUACUCAAGAGGUUAUGGCUUGUGGUAGACCUCAAGGUACCGCCGUUUACAAUGUGACCCAUUUUGCCAAUCAAUUUGGUGUGCCUUGUAUGGCUGACGGUGGUGUUGGUAACAUCGGUCACAUUGCCAAGGCUCUCGCGCUUGGUGCUUCUUGUGUCAUGAUGGGUGGUAUGCUUGCUGGUACAACCGAAUCUCCCGGCGAGUAUUUUUUCCAGGAUGGUAAGCGUUUGAAGACCUACCGUGGUAUGGGCUCCAUCGACGCGAUGCAGAAGACUGAUAAAAAAGGUAAUGCCGCCACCUCUCGCUACUUCUCCGAAUCCGACAAGGUUUUGGUUGCUCAAGGUGUGUCUGGUGCUGUCGUUGACAAAGGCUCUAUCAACAAGUUUAUCCCAUAUCUGUACAACGGUAUGCAGCACUCUUGUCAAGACAUUGGUGUUAGAUCCUUGCAAGCUUUGAGAGAGCAAGUGGACAACUCGACCGUCAGAUUCGAAUUCAGAACCGCCUCAGCCCAAUUGGAAGGUGGUGUUCACAACUUGCACUCUUACGAAAAGCGUUUGCACAAUUAA